AUGGUUGUAUUACUCUUGCCGACAGACGUCUUCCUGAGAUUUUUGCCAAAGAAGAUGCAGUUUAUCGGAUCGUCCGGAAAGUCAAUGGGCACCCUCGUCGGCACUGGCUCGAAGUUCAACACUGGCUACAACCUCGGGCCUGAACGGCAGUUCCCAUGUGGCAAUGAUUCUCGACGUGAAUUAACUUCAGUGGGAUCGGCCAGUCCUCGUGCUAAGGUUGACAAUAAAGCUAGGCUUUGCCAAUCACCGCCAACGAGUUCCUGGGAUUAG